CGUUAAUGUUGACUUAGAAAGAAUCAUUAGGGAAGGAGCAAGACUUCAAUUUGAAUAAAUUUCGAGAUUCUUUGUAUCUUAGAAUGUCCAGUCCCAGUACCUUAAAAGUGAGUAGCACCCGCAAAGAGGAUAGUUCUAUUAAGAAAUCCUCCAAAUCUUCUCUCUAUACUGAUUUUUAACAUAGAAAAAGGUGGGCAACAUAUUUAUUAAUAGUGCUCCUUCAUUUGAUGAAUUGCUUAAAUCUAUGAAUCAUGGCAAUGGUAAUACAUAAAUACAGAAUGGAUCAAAUCAAAAAAAAGGUAUAAAUGAUUCAUCUAGAAAGAUGAGUGGGUUAUAAAACAAAAUAGGGAGUCUUGGUAACAAUGAAAUUAAUUAGCUAACCAAAUUAACUCAACCGUAAUGUUAUUAUAAAUUUUAGAUUUAUUAGUAAUUAGCCCCUAUAUUAAUCAACAAAGGCUUAACAAAAGAGAACCACAUUCUCAAGCAGUAUCACAGAAAAUCCUGUUUUUAAUAAAGGCUCUGGAAAAACUCUUUUGGAUAAAUUAUCCUUAAAAGAGUUGAUAGAACUACGAAGUAAAGUUGAUCAUAGUACUUAAUCGGAAGUUCAUUAACUAUCAGCUAAUUAUGUUUAAGAGUUAGUAAAACUGUCUUAAGUAAUAACAUAACAAGUAAAAAAUGUUAAAUAUUGA